AUAACACGAAAAGAGACUAGUCCUCAAAAACACUUCAUAUUUCAGGGGCGCAACAUCUCAGCACCUUUAGUCUUGGAGUCCUCCGGGCGCUUUCCUUGAUCUCCUCGGCGUCCAUGGCGCCUGUGAGGGGCGCCAAGAAGAGGAAGCGGGCGGAGAAGGCCGUGCCGGCGCCGUCUCCAGGGCUGCAGCUGACACCGCUGCCGGACGGCAGCGAUUGGUGGGACGUCUUCUUUCGCAGGGUUGCAGGACAAUCCUUUUUUCCAAGAGAACACCAGAACAUGGAGUCUGUCCUCAAGAUGUCAAGAAAGACCUUUGACUACAUCUGCUCGCUUGUUAAGAAGGAUCUGACAACGAAGACAUAUGGUUUCAGAAACUUCAGGUUCGGUGACAAAACGAUCCUAGGUGUGGAGGAUCAGGUCGCGGUGGCUCUGAUGAGGCUGACAUCAGGGGAGUCACUGCAGAACAUAGGAAUGUGGUUUGGCAUGAAUCACUCAGCCAUAUCAAACAUCACUUGGCGGUUCAUCGAGUCUAUGGAGGAGCGUGCCAUCUGUCAUCUAAAGUGGCCGAGCCCUGAGGAGAUGGCAACCAUCAAAGCAAGAUUUGAGAAGAUUUAUGGCCUCCCAAACUGCUGUGGUGCCAUUGAUACUACACAUAUCCUCAUGUGUUCCUCAGCUCAGCCCAACAGCAAUGUCUGGCUGGAUAGAGAGAACAAAAACAGCAUGGUCUUGCAGGCCGUUGUCGAUGCCGACAUGAGAUUCAGAGACAUUGUCAGUGGCUGGCCUGGGAGCCUGGACGAUUCAUGCAUCCUGCGCACCUCGGGCUUCUACAGGCUGUGCGAGAAAGGCGUCAGGCUGGACGGGCAAGCGAUGCUUCCUGGAGGGUCAGUGGUCAGGGAGUACAUAGUUGGAGAUGCAAGCUACCCUCUCCUUCCCUGGCUGAUGACCCCAUACCAAGGACACGGUCUCCCGGCGGCCAAAGCGGAAUUCAACAAGCGGCACACGGCAGCGACGAUGGUGGUGCAGAGCGCGUUGGCGAUGCUCAAGGGGAGAUGGCGUGUUAUUCAGGGAGAGCUGUGGAGGCCUGACAAGCACCGGCUGCCGAGGAUCAUCUUCGUCUGCUGCUUGAUCACCAACAUCAUCAUCGACAUGGAAGGCAGUUCAAGCAAACAGAUGGUUACAGGCAACCAUGACCAUGGCUACAAGCAGCAAUUCAGCAAUGUUGCAGAUGACAGUGCAGUUAAGCAGAGAGACCUCCUGUCUCAGCAUGCCUGUGAUGGCGAAUAGAAAGCGUGAGAUUUGUAGUUUUCUCUUGUACUUUUUGCAUCAUUAAUAUAGAACAAUGGAUACAAAAUUGUAAGGUGGUUUUUGGUGGAUUCUGAUAUGUUGGUUUCAGUGAGACAUUAGUACCAUUUUAAAGACA